AUGAUGAUGCGGGAACUACUCAUGAUCGUGAACCUAAUGAUGAUUCAGAUUGGCGACCUAGUGAGGGCGGAGGGAAUGAAUCCGGCAGUGGCGAUUCUCGAGCCCCCCCGCGUGAUGAUCAUGGUUCCUCGCACUGGGUCCGUUCGGACCCUUGGGGUUUUUGGAGUGCGGACCACCAGUCAGACUGGUGGAAUCAUUCCUCUUGGGGAAACCGUGGUGGAUGGUGGAGCGGCCACGGAUGGCAAGAUCGCCGGUGGAGCCUCGGGGAUACAUGGGGCACUUCCUCCACCGACGCUGGUUCCGCCGACGGCAGCUCGGGGAACGAUCGCAAGCAACCCUCCGGUUGGACGCCCGGAGACAGUGGAUGGGACGAUGGCGCGGGAGCUACGCUCAAGCGCCCGGAAAACUCUCGUGGUGAACGCCUGGAGACGUAUGACACGACUUAGUCCUGACCAACAAGCCCUCACGCUCUACCAAAACCUGAGCGGGAAGGCCUGGAUAGAUGCGGAGAAGCUCGACAUGGACUCCCUCGCGGCGCCGGGCGGGGUCGAGUACUUCCUGAACUGGAUCAAGGAGCGCUACCUGGAUGUUCAGAUCACGCAGGUGGGGCGUAGUUUGUCGGGUUUCUUCAGAGGACUACGUCGAAAACCCACGCAAUCGGUGCGUGAGUACCUCUCAGAGUUUGACCGGGCACAUGCGAGGUUGAAUGAAAUCGGAUGCUGUUUGCCAGAGCUGGCAGCGGCAUGGGUUUUCGUGGAUCGCAUGGGUUUGGACGAACAGGCCGAGCUUAAUUUACUUGCGUCGGUCGGCAAUGUCUACAACUUGCAGCAGCUCCAGAAGGCGGCCAUCGUGCAUGACAGGAGCCUCCGAAAACCUUGGGAGGCAAACUCUAGAUCGGACCGCAGCCCCCCGCGCCGAGAAUGGCUUCCUCGGCGCCCUCAGACGGCGCACCUCACAGGACAUGGUGAUGGCGAGGAGGACAACUUCUUCGAGGCCGCGCAGGAUGUUGCUGAGGACGACGUUGUGCCUGAAGAGGUGGCAGCAGAGUACUACGAGAGCUUCAUGACCCAUGAGACAGCGAAGCAGAAGUACAAAGACACCUUGAAGCUCCGAGGCAGCGACCCCGAAUCCCUCCGGAAACUCUCUGAGGCGGGCGGCUCCGGGAAUGCAAUGGCCUCAGGUGGAAAUGGUUCUUCCUCGGCCCAGACGAGCCAGAGGACUGGUGGACCAGGUGCUCCCAGAAACGACGGGAUGAAGCAGCAUGUGGUUCACGUGACUUGGGACCUACGCGACCAGGGUAGCGAGGACCUGCUUGCGAUCACCGAUACGGCGUGCUCGCGGAGUGUGGCAGGGAUCCACUGGAUCAAUUCCUACGUUGCCAUGGCGAAGAGGACGGGCUUCAAUGUGGAGUUUGUUCACAUCCAGGAGGCCUUUCGCUUCGGGGCUUCUCGCGUGUUUGAGGCCCGCCAUGCGGCUGUGAUCUACUUCGACCUGGGCGAAAAGGUGAUUGGACUCAAGGUCGCGGUUGUCUACGGCGAGGUCCCCUUGUUGAUCUCCCGCCCAGCUCUCGGGUCCCUCGGCAUGAUCAUGGAUGUGGCCGGCAACCGCGCGACCUUUCGCGCCCUUGGCGUCACCGACCUCCCACUUCAGAUGACUGAGACGGGGCAUCCAGCUUUCCCGGUUCAUCCUGUUGAUCCCAGAGGCCUUGAAAGAAAGGCCGGAGAUUGGCAGACUCAAGAGGUGGAGAUCUUCUCGCGCAGCCAGCAAUACACGGUGUUCGCUUUGAGUUCUGUGAACAUCUCAUGGUCAGAGUACACGUGGUGCCUCGUAGGACUGUUUUCUGUAGAGCUUCAAUGCCCCGCUGUUCACUUCCUGAUCCUGUCGCAUACCAUGGCGCCGAAGCUUCUGACGGCACCCAUGGCGGAGCGGCCCAAGACGGUCUGGGAGCUGCGCAAGGACGAACUACUCCGAGAAGCCGCAGCCCGGAACCUCGCGGUGAACCCCCAGUGGACUGUGGUGGAACUUCGCUCUGUCAUCCUGGAGGACAUCCGCGAGAACAGCGAUCCUUCGUCGUCGACUCCGACAACUCCGGGUUUGAGCAAGAUGAAUCUCCAGCAGUUGAAGGACAAGGUGAGGGAGAUUGGACUCGAGGUCCCGGAGAAGCACAACCGAGGCCUGCUCAUGCGUAUGAUCCGAGAUCACGGGGGCCAGGGUCCGCAAACUCUUCUGGUCUUCGGGAGGUUCAAGGGCAUGCGCUACAUCGACACCCCCGUGGGGUACCGGACUUGGGCGGUCAAGGAGGUGGCCAACAACGACAAUGCAUCGGAGGACCUGCGGAUGUUCGCUGCAUGGUGGAGGGGCGAGAGCGAGAAGCACGGAGUUGUGCACCAGGUCCCUUACCGAGACCCCGAAGCCGAGGCGACUAUCCCCUACGUUGCGGAGGCCUCGGAGAUGGAGACACUUUGGGAGCGGGUUUCAUCCAGAGUUCCCUCUGGGGCACAGGCGAAGAGCCUGGCCUAUCCGGGCCUACGACCUACAGCGAUACCAAAGAGGAGGGCGGCCCCUUCGGAGAGCAGUCUCUCGAGUCGGCCCUUGAUGGAACAAGAUGUCCCGGAGGAAAUCUUGGACGAGGUACAGCACCUGGAGGAACGCCUGGCGAUCCUCCGAGAUCGACAUGGACUCCCGGUCCAGGACGAGAACUACUUUGACAACGUCGAGAAGGAUGCCGUCUUGUACAAGGGGCAAGACCACGAGGCGAAAACCGAAUGCAGUUUUGCGGACUCCAAGGAAACCGAUUCAGAGAAGUUUCCCCUCUACCUGAACCAUGGUCUGGUCCAGGAUGAUGGGUGUCAGGAUAUAAAGGGCAACAAGGAACGUGGCUAUGAGUCUUUGUCGGGCCCUACAUGGAGACACUCUUCUCCGGUCCCCGAGGACUACGAUGAGGAUUAUGACGAGAUAUACUUCGACAACGACCAGGAGAAGAUCGCCUACCUCAACGAGUGCAACCAAGGAAGGAAGUUAGAGGCUAGUUUUGCGGACUCCGAGGAAACCAAGUCAGAGAAGUUUCCCCUCUACCUGAACCAUGGUCCUGUUAUUUCAGACAAGCAUCCAGUCGUACCCACAAGAGACCCUGGGCGUUUGUUGGAAUGUGAUGGACAGGAUCUUUUCGAGACCAUUCUCAAGGAGGAGUACUCGCUUUGCAAUGACACAGAACAUGAAGCUCUGGUCUCGACUUCGACUUCUUCGCCUUCUACCGCGCUUUUGAAAUGCGAGAGCCUCGCCAAGGAGAAGCUCAAGGUCAAGGCUUUCACUUUCCAGGACCUGCUGGAGAUCUCUGAGCUCAUCCCCCUGAGAAAGUCCAAGAAGCACCGGUGUAUCAGUGGAGAUUCCCAGACCGUGGUGGAACACCUUGUUGCGGGCAUGUACACCCAUGGACCUUUUACAGGUUUGACCAACAACACGCGCUCGCUCCCAUGGACCAUCAGAUAUAUCAACACUUUUGGUCGCAACCAUGUCAACAGUUCUUGGUCGUCGUGGGUGCUCAGCAGGAACGUCAAGUCUUCCCUUCAUUCGGACAGCCACAACCACAAGGAUACAAAGAUUACGAGUUUCUCUUUCGGCGACUUUGCCGGAGGCGAGCUUUGGGUUGAGGAAUCCAAUCCGGAGGACCCAGAGAGCCUUGUCCAAAAGACCGAUGACAGCGGCAACGUCCGGAUGGGAAGACUUGUUUGUACCAAGGAGAAACCCUACGUCUUCGACCCCAAGACCAAGCACUGCACCGAAGAAUGGCAAGGAGAUCGAUGGGUUCUGGCGUUCUUCACCCCCCGGGGGUACUCCGAUUCUCUGGCUGGCGAUCGCGAGACCCUUCGCGACUUGAGGUUCCCCUUGAAGGAGCUCCCCUUGAACGACAACCACCACGACUUCAAUCGAGCCCCGAGGCCCCAGAAGAGCGUGCGGAAAGGGUUGUGGAAGACGGCCCGGAGAUUGGCCACUAUGACGGCUUGGUGCACGAUGGCGGCCUCUUCUUUCGUGACGAAUAGCUUUCCUCCUGGAAGGAAACAAGGUGCCGCCGUUCUCUUCGAGGUUGGCGACAUCACCAAGACCCUCGAGAUUGCGGACAGCGAUUUCGUUUGUAUGGAGCCCCUGCUCCCCGAGGACUUUGGGCCCCAAGACCACCUCGCGGAUACAAGGAAGAGCAUCGAGGAGUUCGAGCCCGAGGUGAUGUGGGUCCAUGUGGAGAAGCUGGGACAACGACUCGAACAACUACGCGAGGUCUUUGAGGCUCAGAUACAAGGCGGGAGACCCCUUAUCUUCCAGUUCGAGGAGACGUGCUCCUUUCCGGAGGGGCAACUGGAUGGACUGCUGGACAAGUACGAGGGCAACUAUGAAUGGCCUUCUGGACCAAGGAAGACUCUGAGUUUCAAUGGGCGACAUAGGGACGCGAUCGAUGAUACUAUCAACGUGCUUGGAGAGAACCCGGUUUUCGAGUCCUACAUGGCCACCGGAGGAGCGCGCGGAAGUGAUGAACCACCUCCUGAUGAACUUCCUCGAGGAGCAAGUGCUAUCUCUUUCUCCAAAGGAGAGACUAUUCCACUUCCCGUGCAGAGCUCUCUCAAAAGGUUGCACCAGAACCUCGGACACGCGAGCCCUAGCGAUAUGGCCAGGCAUCUCCGUUUGGCUGGUGCGGACCCGGCAGUGGUCGGAGCAUGUAAACGAAUGCGGUGCCAGGUGUGUGAUAGGCAACAGCGCGGCUCCUCUCCUCGCCCUGCCAGUUUGCCCAAUCUCCUGGAGUUCAACCAGAUCGUGGCUGUGGACGCCUUCACCACCUACGAUACCUACGAAGAGAAGAUUGAGCUCCUCAUUGCGGUCGACUUGGGCACUGGUUUCUGUUUAGCCAGCGAACUGGAUGGACACUCCGGGAGAGCCAUGGAAACAACUUUUUGUCGGAUGUGGAGUCAAACCUUCGGCGCCCCUGGGACGCUCCUUGUUGACCUGGAGACCGGAUUGCAAGCGGGUUUGGCCCGUUUCUCAGAAUGGCAUGGAACCAUCUUACGCCCCAUUGCGGCUCAGGCUCACUGGCAACAGGGAGUUGUGGAAAGAUGUAUCCGUACGUGGAAAGAAGUUUGGAGUCGGGUUGUGGACGACAAGUCUGUGAUCAAGAAAGAGGCUCCGAUUGCUAUCACUUCCGUGAAUUCUGCGAUGAAUACCCUCCGGAGGCAAACCGGAUUCAGCCCUUCACAGGCUGUCUGGGGACGUGAUCCCAGACUACCGGAAGACCUCAACGACCACAACUUUUCCGAGCACUUCCACCACGUCCUCUCUAAGGACCGACUUCGUGCCAGGGAACACACCCUGAGGGUAGCUGCCAAGGAAUCCUUCUUCAAGACCAAAAACGAUGAGAAGCUCCGCCGAGCUCUCCUACAGCGCAGCCGCGUCUCUGGGAGCGACCUUGAAGUUGGAAUGUAUGUUUUCAUGUACCGGAAGCCCAAGGACUCCAAGACGUGGAAAUGGUUUGGUCCCGCGACGAUCAUAGGCCGUGAAGGGGGGAACUACUGGGCAUCCUAUGCCGGGCGCUGCCACCUGAUUGCCCCAGAACACAUCAGGAUCGCCUCUGGGGAAGAGCUCGGUGCCGCUUUUACGAUGAGAACAACUUCGGAGGAUCUCGAGAAACUCUUGGAGCAGCCCUUCGCCGAGGAGGAGAUCUUCGCCGGGGAUGACAAUGAUGAAGCCGAAGCUGAUCCUGAGCUCCCUCCAGGAGAUGACGAAGCGAUGGAAGGGGACGAAGGGGAAGACAAUGCCAAUGCCGUCCCGCGUGUGGCUAAGCGGUACCGGACGAAAGGGCCACAGGACCUCGGGGACGAGAUCUUUGACGAGCUCUACGUCUCCACCGUCGGUAGAGAAGGACACGCACCUUUUACGAACUACAUGAUGAAGCUCCCCAAGACUCCCCGGGCCAAGGAGAAAGCUCUAGAGAAGGAGAUCCCCUGGUCCAUCAUCCCCGAGAACCAACGAGAUGGUUUUAGACAAGCGGAACGUACCCAGUAUGAUGAACAUCUCCAACAUGGUGCUCUCCAACCUCUGUCCGUGGAAGCCAGCCGGGAAGUCCUGAGAACCAAGCACGACCGGGUGCUUGGGAGCAGAUUCGCCUACCGUGACAAAUACUGGUCCAAGAGAAAAGAGCAGCCGGAGAUCGGCUGGAAGCACAAAGCUAGGCUGGUAAUCGCCGGACACCGCGAUCCGGACUUGAUGAGUGGGCUGAGCACCCACGCUCCAACCGUGUCCCGACAAGGGAUCCUACUGCUGCUUCAGAUUCUCGCGAGCAACCUACACCGCGGAUGGACCGGACAUGCUGGAGACGUUACAGCUGCUUUUCUUUGUGGAGAAGAGUUGACUCGGGAGUUGUACUUGCGGCAACCCCGCUCCGGUCUGGGAGACCUUCACCCGGAGCAGCUUUUACGGAUACGAAAACCUAUCUUCGGAUUGGUGGACAGUCCGGCAGCAUGGUGGGGCAAGUUUCGAAAAUCCUUGACGAGCAUGAGGAUUGACGAUCAGGACAGACGCACCUGGGUUAUCAGCAACUGCUCCCUGGACCACUGUAUCUUCAUUGUUCAAGAAGAAGUUCAAGGGGAAGAUGGAGUCAAGUUCCUACGUGCACCAGAGGCCUACAUUGGGGUCCACGUCGACGACGUCUUGUUGGUCGGGGAUGAUCAACUUUGCGGGCUCAUCAAGGAGAAGUUGAGUGAACAAUUCCCCAUCCGAGAAUGGGAAAGCGAGUCCUUCGACUAUGUGGGCUCCUACGUCGACAUCAAGAAGGACAUGGUCAUCGUCUCCCAGGCAAGUUACACGGCCACCAGACUCUUUGAGGUGGAGAUCAUGAAAGGACAAGACGACGAGGAGAUGGCGAACGAGGUUCAGAAGCACGACAACAUGUCCCUGAUCGGAGCUUUAUCGUGGCUGGCCAGCCAGAGCCGCCCCGAUCUCCAAGUGGGUGUCUCUAUGUGCCAACAACGACAGCGUGAACCUACCGUCGCCGACAUCAAGUUUACCAACCUCUUGGCGCAGAGGGCCUACGAGCACCAGAAGGAAGGAAUCCGCAUCCACCCCAUUAACCUCGACCGCGCGGUGCUGCUGUGCUACCACGACGCUGGGUGGGCCAAUGUUCCCCAGAGCCAGGAGGACCCCUACUACAGUCUCACUGCCGAGGAAGACGAAGCCGGGAGAAUCACGACCGGACCCCAAGCCAAGAGUGGAGCGCGAGCCAAGCGAGCCAAUUCGAGUGUGUGUUCCCAGCUGGGAGGACUCUUCCUCCUCGCAGAUGAGAGCGUGCUACAUGGUCAUAAGAACAAUGUGAGCAUCAUGGACUGGCGCAGCGGAGCAUGCGACAGGGUGUGCCGAUCAACUUUCGCAGCCGAGACCAUGGCAUGUGCCACGGCCAUCGAGACCGGGAUCUUCAUCAGCCGGUUCUUGGAAACCCUACUGAGUGGAAAGCUCGCUAGGAAUGCUUCGAGACUACAACUCCGUUUCCUUAGCGAUUGUAGGAGUUUGUAUGAUCACCUAAUCCGAGACGGGGUCCCUAGAGUCCCAUCUUGCAAGAGACUUGCGAUCGAUUUAGCUGCCAUCAGAGAUGAUCUUAGUGAAGUCGGGAAGAUCGCUUGGGUUCCCACGGGAGCCCAAAUGUCAGAUCAUCUCACGAAACCGCUCAAGGCGGGAGAAUGGUGGAACCAGCUGUCAAAUGGUAUACAGCUGACUUUCAAAGAGGACUUUGUAUAG